AUGCUUGUCACACGCUCAUUCGAUUCAGGACGGAAUACUUGGACUUCCAGCAAGCUUGAGGCCUUGUAUCAGAACGUGGCGUCCCCACGCAUGGCGAACUUUGACCAACUGCCUCCACAGCCAGACUGGCGAGAACAGUACUCGGGCUUCCCUAACCCUGGUGCAAAUGGCCAUCUCCAGCCGGCCUUCCAACAAGCGAGCGCCCCCAACACAGCGGGCCAUGAGCCACAUCAGCAAUCCGCCGGUGAGAGACCAACGCUGGAGCGGAAGCACAGCAAUGGGCCGAGAGAACAUGACGCUCAACCACUCCCCACAACCGAGAGGCCCGACUCGGCACCCAGAGAAUGUGGCCAUCCCGACAACCUCCCCAGCGACGACUCCAUUGUCUCCCCCGAAUCUACAUCCUUAUCACUGGGAUCGAUUGGAUCGAACUCGCUAAGCUCUGCAUCAAGUGCACCCUCCCAGCAGCCGCCACGAGUCACUAAUAGAAGCCCGGAUGUGGAGGGAGACAUCAAAGACGAAGACGAUGAUCUCGAUGAUGAUGACGAGAUGCUUGACGGGGAGGCGGACGAUGGAACUUCCGCGCAGACUGCUGCUGAGCGUCGGGCUGAGCGAAGAAAGAUGAAGAGGUUCCGUCUCACUCACCAACAGACUCGAUUCUUGAUGAGCGAGUUCGCAAAACAGGCGCACCCGGACGCCGCGCAUAGGGAACGGCUCUCCCGGGAAAUACCCGGCUUGAGUCCCCGCCAGGUUCAGGUAUGGUUUCAGAACCGACGGGCCAAGAUAAAGCGACUCACAGCGGAUGACCGGGACCGCAUGAUGAAGAUGAGGGCCGUGCCAGACGAUUUCGAUAAUGUGCAAGCCUUACACUCCCCGUAUGGAGCCGUACACGGAGUCGGAACACCAAUGCAGUCCCCGAUUGAGUAUUCGCCAGGAUAUGGAGAGCACAUGAUCCGGCCAAUGAUGGUGGACACCAUGCGGAGGAGUGAGGCUGAUGAGCACAUGUCGCCUACGGGGCUCAGCCCUGCCUUCAGCCAUGUCGGAUUCUCCGGGGGGAUGGGAACGCCAGAAGGCCUGUCGCCGGUAUCAAUGAACUCGUCGGAGCGGUACUACUCCAGUCAGAUGCCCAGCCCGAUGAGCAGCGGCCCUCGGAGCUCGAACCCGUUCGAUCGCCAGGGCAGCUAUCAGCAACUCUCCCACCCACGGCAGCACGCCCGGCCCCUGCAGCCUCUGCAGCUCCGCGAAACGUUGACGAGGUCUCGAUCGGAUAUGAACUCGCCGUUGAGGUCAAGCAUGUCGUGGAAGGGCGAGACGCUCGACUACGACAGCUACCAAACAGGGCAGCCCAGUCCUGCCGUGAAUGGCCGCCAGCAGUCUGCGUAUCAGCCGGAGCAGAUGGGGAACAGCGGCGUUCAUGCGCACCAGUACGAUGCGAACUCCUACUCAAAUGCCAAUGCGAACACGAGUCCCACUGCGGGUGCGAAUGCGAAUGCGAAUGCGAAUGCGAACGUCAACCACAGCCCGUCGACUCACUCUCACAUGACAUACCCUCCGUCGCACGGCGCUGGAGGCUCGUCGUCGAUGCCGCCGCCACCGAUGAGAGCGUCCUCGUCCGGCGCUUUCCCCGCUAGCCUGGAUCUGCGAAAUCAAUUCCGCCCCGCGCCUCCGAACCCGAACUCUCCGCACGGCGUGACUCCGCGGACCAGCACCUUCGCCCACUCUUACCAAGCAAGCGGCUACGCAAGCGCGCUCAUGCCUCCGUCCCAGGACUACUCCAACAACUCGUACAACUCCAACAGCCUGAGCCCCGGUCACGCGCGGGGAGACAGCCCGCAUAGCCAGGACGAGCAGCAGCGGCAGCCAUCCCAACCGCCGCCGCCACCUGGAGGCAGAGAAGCAUCCUCGUACCUGAAUCCCGUGAACUAG